UAUUACUAGCAGUUGAGCUAGAAGAAAACCCUUAGUAGAAAACAAAGAAAACCCUUAGUAGAAAACAAUGAGGAUUAGAGUGGAUGAACACAUUAGAACCCUAAUAGAGAAUGGGGUUAGAAAUCGUCACCGUUCUAUGUUUGUCAUGAUUGGUGACAAAUCCCGUGACCAGAUUGUUAAUUUGCACUACAUGUUGAGUAAAGCUCUAGUGAGGUCACGGCCUACUGUGCUUUGGUGCUAUAAGGACAAACUUGAACUUAGUAGUCACAAGCAGAAGAGAAAGAAGCAAGUGAAAAAAAUAAUGCAGAGGGGACUACUGGACCCUGAAAAAGUAGAACCUUUUGAACUUUUCAUUGAAACUGGAGGCGUCAGCUAUUGCUUGUAUAGAGAUUCAGAAAGAAUUCUAGGAAACACUUAUGGCAUGUGUGUACUACAGGAUUUCGAGGUUUUGACACCCAAUCUUCUUGCGAGAACAAUAGAGACAGUUGAAGGUGGUGGGCUAAUUUUAUUGUUGAUUCGCACUUUGUCCUCUCUUAAGAGCCUCUACGCCAUGGCCAUGGAUGUUCACAACAGAUUUCGUACGGAAUCCCAUGCACACGCUACCCCUCGCUUUAAUGAGCGUUUUAUACUCUCUAUUGCAUCAUGUGAAACAUGUAUUGUCAUGAAUGAUGAAUUACAAACUCUACCAAUCUCCUUCCACAUGAAGAAUAUUACUGCUGUUCCAAUUCAAGAGGAUUCUGAGGGGCUUUCAGAAGCAGAAAGGGAAUUAAGGAAUUUAAAAGAACAAUUGAAUGAAGACUUCCCUGUUGGUCCUCUUAUUCGUAAAUGCUGUACCUUGGACCAGGGAAAAGCAGUGAUCACAUUUCUUGACGCUAUCCUGGAUAAGACGCUCCGAAGUACUGUUGCUCUGCUUGCUGCUCGUGGCCGGGGGAAGUCAGCUGCUCUUGGGUUGGCAAUUGCAGGGGCUGUUGCUGCAGGGUAUUCCAAUAUUUAUGUAACAGCGCCUAGUCCUGAAAAUCUGAAAACUCUGUUUGACUUUGUCUGCAAGGGUUUCGCCAUGCUCGAGUACAAGGAACACCUUGAUUAUGAUAUUGUGAUAAGCAAUAAUCCGGAGUUUAAAAAAUCUAUCGUGAGGAUCAACAUCUAUAAGCAGCACAGACAAACAAUUCAGUAUAUACUACCACAUGAGCAUGAAAAGCUAUCACAAGUGGAAUUGUUGGUGGUUGAUGAAGCAGCAGCUAUUCCAUUACCUGUUGUCAGAUCUUUGCUUGGUCCAUACCUCGUCUUCCUUGCAUCAACUGUGAACGGCUAUGAAGGUACUGGAAGAUCCUUAUCAUUGAAGUUGCUGCAGCAACUAGAGGAACAAAGUCAGAAGUCCAAAAGUGCAGACAAUGCACUUUCAGGUCGGCUUUUUAAAAAGAUAGAAUUGAGUGAAUCCAUUAGAUAUGCAUCUGGCGAUCGCAUUGAACGAUGGCUUAAUGCUUUGCUCUGUUUGGAUGUUACAAAUACUAUCCCAAGUAUCAGAAGGUUACCACAACCGGGUGAUUGUGAUCUCUACUACGUUAACCGGGACACACUUUUCUCUUAUCAUAAAGAUAGUGAGUUAUUUCUGCAGCGAAUGAUGGCCCUCUAUGUUGCUUCGCAUUACAAAAAUUCUCCAAAUGAUUUACAAUUGAUGGCUGAUGCUCCAGCUCACCACUUGUUUGUGCUACUUGGUUCUGUUGAUGAAUCAGAAAAUCGUCUUCCUGAUAUUCUGUGUGUCAUCCAGGUCUGCCUGGAGGGGCAAAUCACCCAAGAGUCGGCUAAAAGAGCUCUAAGGGAAGGUCACCAGCCCUUUGGAGAUCAGAUACCUUGGAAGUUCUCCCAGCAGUUUGCUGAUGACGUAUUCCCAAGCCUUUCAGGUGCCCGCAUCGUACGCAUUGCUACACAUCCGAAUGCCAUGAGGAUGGGUUAUGGUUCUGUUGCGGUUGAACUCCUAACCAGGUAGCAUCAAAUUUCACAAGUCUCACAUCUUCCGGUUUCCAUAUGAUUUUG